UUAUUUUUGUACGAGAGACGGAAUUGAGCAACACAAAACAGCGUUUGAUGAAUGGCAACGACGCAAUUCGGAAGGCGAGUGGGAAGGAUAGUGAAAGAAAGAAUAGAAAGAAGGAAAAGCAGCGUUAUACGUGAAGGAUUAUGGAACGAUCCUUUCAUGGUUGCUUCUACUCGCGCCAUUGCAGAAAGAAUCCCUUUGGUUGAUCUCAUCGUCCAUGUCACUGAUGCAAGGAUUCCAUUCUCCUCUCAAUGUCAUUUACUCACACAUAAUCAUAUUAUCGUUCUCAAUAAAGCUGAUCUCGCUUCUCGUUCCUCUUUACAGGUAUGGAUGGAUUAUUUUAGGGAAACGAACUGCGUAUCUUGUGGAGUCGAUGCUCAUAACAAGGAGAGCAUCAGACAGUUCCUAAGCCUUAUACAACGGCAGGUGGGAAAGUUGAGGAGAACGGAUCAAGCUAAUAAAUAUACUGCAACAGUAAUGUUAAUUGGGCUUCCAAAUGUUGGAAAAUCGGCACUUACUAAUGCUUUGCAUCAUGUUGGGAGAAUCAGUGCUGCAGAAAAAGGAAAGUUAAAGCAUGCAACUGUGAGUCCAGAGCCAGGGGAGACUAAAGACAUUAGAAGUUAUAAGAUUGCUAGCCAUCCCAAUAUUUAUGUGUUAGACACUCCAGCUGUUUUACCUCCAGAGGUUCCUGAUGUUGAUGUUUUAUCUAAAUUACUCUUAACAGGAGCAAUUGGGGACUGUUUGAUUGAGAGAAAAGAAACUGCUGAAUAUUUUCUAGCUAUUCACAACUCAAGUGAUCAGUACAAAAAAUGGGCAAAGUUAUCGAGCAAGGAAAACGACAUAUUUUUCCUUAACAGCACAACAGAGUGCUUGACUACACAUGGGUUACAAAUGAAACAGAAAAAGAAAAUCCCUAACGAUCACACACAGGACGACAUGGUGCAGGAUGUUAGAAGAACACUCUAUGAAACAGUUUCAUCUUUUGAUGGCAAUAUAAGAUGUGAAGUUGAAAUGGAAGCACUUAUUGCUAGUCAGUUUACCGCGUUGCAGGAAGUUUUCCACGUUUCAACUGAACGUGAAGAAGAUGCUCAUGUCGUGGUUGCCGGGAAAUUGCUUAAUCUUUUUCGUACGGGUCGUCUUGGACAUUAUAUUUUAGAUAACCUUCCCAGAAAUAUUCACUGACCAUUGCAGGCCAAUGCAUUGUGUGUUGGUCUCUAAAUAUUUUAGUUAAGUUCUGAAAUGAUAUUCUUUUUUGUUGUUUGUUGAGGUCGUUCUAGUACAUGUAUUACUUUUGUACAUUGUUUAACUUUUUUUGGUUAUGGAUCAAGUUCUCUAUCAUUCGUGUUAUUAUUUAA